AUGGAUUUAAAACGAAAAAUCAGUGCUGAAUUGGAAAAUGAUGGGAAUCCGGAGAAAAAGCUGAAAAUUCUGGAAAAUGUCAUCGCCUCUUUUGGUUGUCGACAAGGAGAACGCGAAGAAAUGCAAGAUUAUCAUGUUUUGACCAGGAAAUUCGACCUGGGAAAGGGAUUUUUGUGAGUUUUUUGAUUUUUAGAUGUAUUAGGGUGGUGUGCGAUAGAGCGCAGUUUGAUUUUCAUGAAAAUUUUGAGGGUGUUCCGGCGAUUUUCAUGAAAAUUGACUGAAAACUUGAAAAUCUUGAUGUAAAUCAUGCAAAUUUGCUCUAAUGAUAAUUUUGGGCGGUCCAGAUCAUCAAUAGGGCAGAUUUGCAUCAUUUAAACCUGCAAAUUCGCUCUAUUGAUAAUCCAGACCGCCCAAGAUUAUCAAUAGAGCAAAUUUGCAUGAAAAUCUCCAAUUUCCACCAAAAAUGUGCAUUUUUCCAGGCACCGUUGCUCAUUUUUCGCCAUUUUCGAUGGUCACGCUGGUUCGCGAGCCGCCCGAUUUUGUCAGCAAAAAAUGGAGCACGAAAUUAGGCAAAAAUUAGAAAAGUGUAGGUAAGUGGGGCUUUGCCACGUGGCAAACUUGUUUCCUAACUGAAAAUUGUGGAUUUUCAGAUGAGACAUUGGGAGAUAUGCAAAAAUCGAUGAAAAUGGUGUUUGUGGAGGCGUUCAGGAAGGUCGAUGAGGAAUUUUGUGGGAAAGCGAAGACCGAGUGAGGAUUUUUGACCCGGAAAAUGCAAAUUCGCUCUAUUGAACAACAAAAAUCUGAAAUAAAUGUCGCAAAUACGCUCUAUAGCAAUUUUGGCGCCCAAAUUAGGUUUGGAGCGCAUUUGCAGCUUUGAGAUGGACUUUUGAAUUUUUGAGAAGGUGCUCUAGUUGUUCAUUGGAGCGAAUUUGCUUUUUUUUAAUUAUUUUUAACGCAAAAAUGAUGAAAAUGCAACUGCGCUCUAAUGAACAACUGGAUAAUCAGUGAAAAAUUCAAAUUUAUCAAAAAAUAUAUGGGUUUUGACGUCAGAACCUCAAAAAUCGACGUCUAAACCGAUUUUUGCGCUAAAGUGAUGGAAAAUGCAAAUGCGCUCUAUGGAACAACUAGAAAAGCAUAAAAAUUCGAAUUUUCCCAUAAAAUAGCACUAAAAUUGCAAAUUUCCGGGUUUCUGAGUUAAAAAUGCAAAUGCGCUCUAAUGAACAGUUAGAAAAUCAGUGAAUAUUUCAAAUGUAUCUAAAUCUCCGAUGUUUAGCAUUGAGACCGCCAAAAUCCACGUCAUAACCUAGAAAAUCACUAAAUUUUGUCAAAAAUCCACGUCAUAACUCAUUUCUAUCACUAAAAUGAUGAAAAAUACAGGAAAAUCAGCAACAUUUUCAAAUUUUCUAGGUUUUGUUGUAAAAAAUGCAAAUGCGCUCCAAUGAACAACGAGAAAAUCACUAAAAUUUUCAAAAAUCCACGUCAUAACCACAUUUUCCGCUUUCAGGAAGCCUGUAUGGAAAGACGGCACCACAGCCACAACAAUGCUUUUGCUCAACGAAACGCUCUACGUGGCAAACAUCGGGGAUACGCGUGCGAUUGUCGCGCGGCGCAAAUCCGCCGCCGCCGCUUCCGCUUCCGCUUCCGCGUCUCCGCAACAACUCACCGCCAUCCCCCUCACCAUAGAUCACUCACCAAUGUUGCACGCGGAACGAAUGCGGAUACAAGCGCAAGGCGGAUGCGUCAAGGAUGGAAGGGUGAAUGGUGUGAUUGAGGUGUCGCGCUCGAUUGGUGAUUUGGGCUUGAAGAGCGCGGGUUUGACGAGUUUGCCGGAUUUGAAGAAGUUGACGUUGACCAAGGAUGAUUUGUGA